UGAAAAAAGACGACUUUAAUAAUUAAAAUCUAGUUUUCCAAACACUAGCGUUUCAAUUUCCCCCCUUCACUCUCAAAAUUUCCCCUUUUUCCAAGUUUCCGUUGUUCAUAUAUACUCACUCUCCAUCACUAUCCCCCACUGAUGUAACAACUCACCGUCACCGGCACCGUCUCGCCGGAGAAUGGCAUACAUGUGCACAGACAGCGGCAACUUAAUGGCCAUAGCUCAACAAGUCAUCCAGCAGAAACAACAACAAGAACAACAACUUCACCAACACCACCAACAACAUCCGCCACUAGCGCACACACACACUAUGAAUGUUAAUCCGUUUUGGACCAACGCCACCGGCCAGGUUUCUCCGACUCUACCGUACGGUUUUUCCGAUCCGUUUGACGGAGGAGCGGUGGAUGUUGCCGGAGGUGAAGAGGCGGCUGGAUUUCAGUUUCCGAGUUUAGAGAGUCAUCACCACCACCAGCCAGGGUUUAGGUUUGCGGAUUUUGUAGCGGCGUCUGGAUCUGUAGGUGAGUUUGAUACUGAUGAGUGGAUGGAGAGCUUGAUUGACUCCACGAGCUCUGAUUUCACUCUGUACGGUUCAGAUCCGUUUUCGGAUUGUCCGAGUCGACUCACUGAGUCAACCGAUUUGAAAAAUGUAACCUCUAAUUGGCCACCACCACCGGCGGCGGCGGCGGCGGUACAUAUCUCACUGCCGGAGGAGAAGGAAGUGAAGGUUCCAAAACUGGAGAAACUGCCGCCGGUUAAACCGGAUGUAGCUUCAACUAGCUCGCCGGAGCGGUUUUUAACCAAGCCGUUACUCAAAACCCUAACUGACUGUGCUCGAAUCGCCGAUACUGAACCUGAAAAAGCGGUUACGCCGCUUAACCGCCUCCGGGAGUCACUGUCCGGUGAGCACGGAGAUCCGACGGAGAGAGUAGCGUUUUACUUCGCCGAAGCUUUACACAACCGCGUCACUCGCAAACCACGUUCAAUCUCCGACGUGACGUCAGCAACCGAGUUCACUCUCACAUACAAAGCUCUCAACGACGCUUGUCCGUACUUCAAAUUCGCUCACCUAACUGCAAAUCAAUCGAUUCUAGAAGCAACGGAAACCGCUGAUAAAAUCCACAUAAUCGAUUUCGGAAUCGUUCAAGGCGUUCAAUGGGCGGCACUUCUGCAAGCUCUCGCAACCCGACCCGCCGGUAAACCGACAAGCAUCCGGAUCUCUGGUAUUCCAGCGCUAAUCCUCGGUUCCUCACCGGCGCCGGAGCUUCUCGCAACCGGUAACCGCCUCCGUGAGUUCGCCAAGCUUCUAGAUCUGAAAUUUGAAUUCGAACCGAUCUUAACUCCAAUCGAAAACCUAACCGUAUCUAGCUUCUGGAUCAACGAUAACGAGUUUGUCGCGGUUAAUUUCAUGCUCCAGUUAUACAACCUGUUGGAUGAAGACUCGAAGGCGGUUACAAAAGCGUUAAAGCUAGCGAAAUCGUUGAAUCCGAGUAUUGUCACAUUAGGCGAAUACGAAGCGAGUUUGAACGGGUUACCGUUUGUUCAACGAUUUGACAACGCGUUAAGCUUUUAUUCGGCUUUGUUCGAUUCGAUUGAACCGAACAUGAGCCGAGACUCGGUGGAGAGGCUGCAGGUGGAGAGGUUGUUGUUCGGGCGAAGGAUAGCGGCCACAGUGGGGAAUGGGAAUGAAGAAGGUAGCGAAAGAGAACGGAUGGAGGAUAAGGAACGAUGGCGGAUAAUGAUGGAGGAUGCAGGGUUUGAGAAGGUGAAGUUUAGUAAUUAUGCAGUGAGUCAAGCUAAGAUUCUGUUGUGGAGUUAUAAUUACAGUGAUAUGUAUGAGCUUAUUGAUGAUGAUUCACAGUUAGGGUUUCUAUCUCUUGCUUGGAAUGGUGUACCAGUUCUUACUGUUUCUUCAUGGCGUUAGCUGUUAGUUGUUGUUGUUGAUCAGUGAUUUUUUCUUAAAUGUUUUUUUUUUGGUGUAAUGAGUACAGGUAAGACAAUUAGAUCCACCAUUAGUGGUGUUUUUUUUGUUCUUUUUGGAGCAUUUGGUUUGUUUUAGUGAUGAAGCCUGGUCCAAGUUUUAGAAAUAGAUCCGCCAUUAAUGGUGGUUUUUGAAGCUUUUGGUAAUGAAUGAUAAGGUGUUGUGAACUGAAUUGCAGGUUGGUUAUGUUUU